CCCAGCUCCCGCCCCUCUCACCGUCCCAGGCGGGGCUCCCAGCACGCCCCAAAAGAGGGGGGCUCCCCAGCUGGUGGGGUGGAGCUGCAGCCUCCAGCCUAGACCUCGGGACUCAACCUGCUCAGAGCACACACAGCCACACCAGCCACCGGUCCCUAUCCCAGCCUUGGCCAUGACCCUGGCGGCUUCCUCCCAGCGCUCCCAAAUCAUUCGCUCCAAGUUCCGCUCUGUCCUCCAGCUCCGGAUCCACAGACGGUAUCAGGACCGGACCUCUUCCUCCCGGCCCGGCUGGCUGCCUGGAGGCCUCGCGGGGCCCUUCACCUCCUCUCCAGUCUCCGACCCAGAUCCGUGGAUCUCAGCCUCCGGCCCGGCUCUGGCCCCCAUCCCAGCCUCGCCCUGCGGCCCCGCCUCCUUCCUCUCCAGUCCUGGGGUCCUGCGCCCCGAGCCCCCACGCUGCCCUUGGAGGCCCCAGAAGAAUGCGACCCCCAAGACCACCCAGCGCUGGAGGGUGGCCGAGCCCCAGGGGAGCCUGACCUACCACCAGUACCUGCCCCCAGAGCCCAGGCAAGGGUCCAGGGCAGACCCCCAGGCCCCAGGGCCGGCCGGGGGGGCCCCGGGGCCGCUUCCGUGGGCAGAGACAAGCGCACAGCAGCCGCCUCCUAGGAUGAAGGCCACCUCCCUCCCCGCCGGCUUCCCCGGGGUCUCCAGCCCCGCGCCGCCCCCGCACAAGUUGGAGCUUCAGACCCUUAAACUGGAGGAGCUGACGGUCUCGGAGCUCCGGCAGCAGCUGCGCCUGCGGGGCCUCCCGGUGUCCGGGACCAAGUCGACGCUCCUGGAGCGCAUGCGCGGAGGCGCCCCAUCCCGCGAGCGGCCGAAGUCGCGGCGCGAGGAAGGUCCCGCGGGCGCGCCCUGGCCACGCCUCAGGCCCAAGGCCCUCGCAGCCGCCCGACGUCACGGCUCGUCCAAGUCCAGCCCAGCAUCUCCCCCGCCGCCUCUUUCUCGUGCCGUGGGAACCCACGUGCCCACUCCGGCUCCGGCUCCGGCUCCGGCUCCGGCUCCCGCUCCCGCUCCCGCUCCGGCUCCGGCUGCAGAACCGACCCCUUCCGCAGCACCAGCCGCAGCAGCCCCGACUCUGGAGCAGGAGCUGCAGGAAGCGAUCCGGAGGGCGCAGUUGCUUCCGAACCGGGGCAUCGAUGACAUCUUGGAGGGUCAGGACGAGCCUGAUGACCUGCUGCCCCCUAUCCCCCUGGACUUUCCUGGCUCCUUCGACGUGCUGUCCCCUUCCCCAGACUCUGAAGGCCUCUCCUCUGUCUUCUCUUCCUCGCUCCCGUCCCCCACAAACUCCCCAUCCGCCUCUCCCAGGGGCCCCACGGACUCCUUGGACUGGCUGGAAGCUCUGAGCGGGGGUCCUCCGCUGGGCUGCGGCCCCCCAGCCCCCAGCAUCUUCUCUGCUGAUUUAUCAGACUCCGGCGGCCCCCGGCUGUGGGACCUGCUGGAGGGUCCAUGGUGAUGGAUUCUAGGGUUUCAAGGGACGGAGAACCGGUAGGGACGGGGAGUCACAGAGACGGACUCCCUGAGGGAGGGGUUGGAACCCUGCCCACCCCAGACCCAGGAUCAGAAGCAACUCUCAUCUCACCUGGGCCCUAAACUGCUGCCGAACACGCCAACCACCUGACUGUCCCUGCCCGACCUCCAGGGCUGUGUGCUGGGGGCCGGGAGUCUCAUUCGCUGCUGGCCGGGCAAACAAGCUGCUUGCUGCUUCCCGCAGACCCCUCUCCGAUGUCUUCUUCUCAUCCCGCCAGCUGCGGGGCUACCUGCGGCUGGGGCACCUGGAGGCUGCUCUAUGCUUUUGGGGUGCAGAGAGGGGGAGGGAGGAGUGGGGAGGGAGGACCGGGAGCUAGACCCUUGGCUUCUGGUUGGAGAUGAGAACAUCAGAAACGGCGUGUCCCAGGUCAGAUUCUGAGCAGAGCCUGAGGCAACACUCCUGUGUCCAUGACUUCUUAAAGAGGUGCUCCCAGGAGAAACCAAAAAGGAAGGGGUGAGCCAGGACAGCGAGGGGGAGAAGACCAACAGGAGGGUGACGUCAGGUGAAGUCCCCAUCUCAGCCCAACCCCGGAGGAUGAAUUAAGUUGCAGGGUCGUGCCCGGCUGGUGCGGCUCAGCGGCUGAGUGUCGACCCAGGAACCAAAAGGUCACCGGUUCGAUUCCCGGUCGGGGCACACGCCUGGUUUGCGGGCUCCCUCCCCAGCAGGGGUGCAUGCAGGAGG